UUUUAUUUUUUAUUUUUUAAUUUUUUAAGUUUUAAUUUUUUAAUUUUUAUUCCUCUGCUACUGCUUGUUUCGAGACCUGCAAGCAAGGACAAAAUCAGCUAACAACUCGCUUGAAUGUCAAGGAACCUCUUUCUAUACUCUCUCUCUCAAAUUCGAUUCUCUUUGUCCUGCUACUCUCUCUUACUAUAUAUAUAUGUAUACACACACACGUAGAGUGUUUAUAUAGAUACUAAAAGGUGAAGUAGAGAGAAGGAAGCUAAGCUAAGAAUAAUCGAACUUGUGGGGUUUUCCGAAGCCAUGGAAGAAGAUUGCUUUGCCACGCAACUCAUCUACGGCGAUGGCGAAUUCAACGGUGAUGGGCUCGAAUCUUUCAUCAAAAAAGUGAACUUGACGGACUGCGGACUCUCCUAUGCCGUCGUUGCUGUCAUGGGUCCUCAAAGCAGCGGUAAAAGCACUUUGUUGAAUCAUCUUUUCAAAACAAAUUUCAGGGAGAUGGAUGCGUACAGUGGAAGGAGUCAAACAACUAAGGGUGUUUGGAUUGCCAAGUGUAUUGGCAUUGAACCUUGCACCAUUGCCAUGGAUUUGGAGGGCACUGAUGGCCGGGAAAGAGGAGAGGAGGACACCACGUUCGAGAAACAAAGUGCCCUGUUUGCCUUGGCAAUCUCAGACAUCGUUCUGAUCAACAUGUGGUGCCAUGAUAUUGGCAGGGAGCAUGCUGCAAAUAAACCUCUACUGAAAACAGUUUUUCAGGUCAUGAUGCGUUUGUUCAGCCCCCGCAAAACGACUCUGUUGUUUGUUAUACGCGACAAAACAAAGACUCCAUUUGAAUUACUUGAGCCCAUAUUAAGGGAAGAUAUCCAAAAGAUAUGGGAUGCAGUUCCUAAGCCCCAUGGCCAUGAAAAUACCCACCUAAGUGAAUUUUUUAAUGUUGAUGUUGUAGCUUUGUCCAGUUAUGAAGAGAAGGAGGAGAAGUUUAAGGAGGAGGUUGCUCAGCUUAGACAACGAUUUAUGCAUUCUAUUUCUCCUGGAGGGCUUGCUGGUGAUAGGCGGGGUGUUGUCCCUGCCUCAGGAUUUUCUUUCAGUGCACAGCAGAUAUGGAAAGUUAUUAAAGAAAAUAAAGACCUGGAUCUUCCUGCUCACAAGGUUAUGGUUGCUACUGUUCGUUGUGAAGAGAUUGCUGGGGAAAAAUUCAACCAGUUGACCCUUGAUAAGGGUUGGUUGGCGUUGGAGAAAGCUGUAGAAAGGGGUCCUAUACCAGGUUUUGGGAAGAAGCUGAGCUCAAUCUUAGAAAGAUACCUUUCUGAAUAUGACAGUGAAACAAUCUACUUCGAUGAAGGCGUGAGAAAUGUGAAACGACAGCAAUUAGAGUCAGCAGCAUUAGAUUUUCUGUACCCUGCAUACGCUGCCAUGUUGGGGCAUCUACACUCUAAAGCACUUGAAAAUUUUAAAACUGGACUGGAGAAUUCGUUGAAAAAAGGAGAAGGAUUUGCUGCAUCGGUUCGAGCAUGUAAGGAGUAUUGCAUCCUUGAGUUUGACCAAGGAUGUGCAGAUGCUUUCGUACAACUGGCUGGUUGGGAUGCCUCAAAAAUUAAGGAAAAACUUCAACGUGAUAUUGAUGCACAUGCAUCAUCAGUUUGUAGUGCCCAGUUGUCAGAACUGAUUGUCAACUAUGAGAAGCAACUCUCUACUGCAUUGACUGAACCUAUAGAGUCCCUCCUUGAAUCUGGUGGAAGGAACACAUGGGCUUCAAUAAGAAAGCUUCUUAAACGUGAAACUGAAGCUGCAUUGUUGGAGUUCUCAUCUGCUGUGGCUGGUUUUGACUUGGAUGAAGCAAAAAUUACAGCAAUGGAGCAAAAGAUAAGGGACUAUGCAAGAAAUGUUGUGGAGAGAAAAGUAAGAGAAGAGGCUGGAAAAGUUUUAAUCCGCAUGAAGGAUAGGUUCUUAAUGGUCUUCAAUCAUGACACUGAUUCAAUACCUAGGGUUUGGACUGGGAAAGAAGACAUUAAAACUAUCACAAAGGAUGCUCGAUCAGCGUCUCUGAAGCUUUUAUCUGUCAUGGCUGCCAUUCGAUUGGAUGAGAAACCAGAUAAAAUUGAAAAAAUACUUUUUUCUUCUCUGAUGGAUGAAACCGUUGCUCUUCCAUCUUCCGAAAAUAGGAGUGUAGCAACUUCUUCAGAUCCUCUUGCUUCAAGCACCUGGGAGGAGGUUCCUCCAAAGGAUACACUAAUCACUCCUGUACAGUGCAAGUCUUUGUGGAAGCAAUUUAAAGCAGAGACUGAAUAUAUUGUCGCUCAAGCUAUUUCAUUGCAGGAGGCUCAUAGACAGAACAACAACUGGUUGCCACCUACGUGGGCUAUUGUGGCGAUGAUCAUUCUUGGUUUUAAUGAGUUAAUGCUUCUUUUGAGGAAUCCUCUCUACCUUAUUGUUUUAUUCGUUGUGUAUUUACUUUCGAGAGCUAUAUGGGUACAGUUAAAUGUUGAUGGAGACUUCCGUCAUGGCACUUUGGCUGCAUUACUAUCGGUUUCAUCGAGGUUUCUUCCAACUGUGAUGAACAUCCUAAGACGACUUGCUGAAGAAGCUGGAGUACCUCCAGCACCUCAGGCCCCACAACAAUCGCAAUCUGUUGUUUCCCAGAGUUUCAGAAAUCAAACUCCUCAGCUAAAUCCAAUGCCAAACUGGAUUUCGGAGUCAUCUGUGUCAUCUAAUAUUUCGUCGACUGAUGAGGGGGUUGAAUACUCGAGCCCUAACUUGAUUCACAGGCGAACAACAAACAUUCAGGAAGCAGGAAACUCUACAUGAAAGCCUUCACCUGUCACUCCACUGUGAAAUAGCUUCUUCUUUUUUUUUUAAUGAUUCGUAUGUUUAUUUUUGUAUUUUUAUGAAUGAAUAAUAGAGAAUAGGGGGCCUUUAAUCAAAGCACUAGUUCUAUCAAAAUAAUUUUGUAAUAAAGGAUCUUUUUCUAUUUCUAGUUGAAAGUAGGAUUGUUGUAGAUUUUUCUCAGAAGAAAUAUGUACGCUGUUCAAAUUAUCAGAUUCUAUAUAAAUAAUAAAUUUUCAUUGUCUUCUUCA